AUGGCCCGGUCGUACGGCGGCCGGGUCCUGGCCGCGAUGACCCUGCUGGGCAUCCCGGCGGCCGUGCUGGCGGCGCUGGGAGCGCAGCUGCUGUUCCAGCUGCAGGCGGGCCGCGCGGAGCUUCGGGGGCUGCGCGCCGACGGGCUGGGCCCCGAGCUGGGCGGCGGCCCCGGGCUGCCCGAGGACGCGGCCGGGGCGCUGCUGCCGCUGGCCGCCGCGCUCGCCGCGCUCGCCCUGGUGCUGGGCCUCACCUGCCUUCUGCUCGCCGCGCUCUGCGGCCAUCUGGGCGCCGAGCUGGCGCGGGGGCCUCGCCCCGGCAGGUCUGACUGGUUUCUCUAUGACUGCCGUCUCCUCAGACACGUGGCCCUUGGUGUUUUCUGCUGUGGCGUCUCCGUCUACUUAGCAGCACUGUCCAUCUAUGCCUUGCUGCUCUUUGAGAUCGAGACAGGUGCGGCCGCCGCCUCCAUCCUCGGAGUGGGUGCUCUGGUGCUGGUGGCGGCGCUCACCCACACUCUGCUCCGGGCUGCCCGGGCCACCCGCCGUAGCCUCCAUGAACUGUCUCCACCGCACUUUGAAGACGACCCUGUCCGCCCUGCUGAAGUCUCCAAGGCCAGCCCCAGGGCUCAGCCCCAGCAGGGUACCCACCACCGGACCCCCUACUCAUCCUUCCCAGAAUCUGGGGACCCCUUCAGACCCACGGGCACUGCUACAGCACCUGCAGCCCUGGGGGGAGGCCGGGAGAGCAGCCUGCCUUUACCCCGCAUGCACCGGACUCUGUCUGCUGGCAGGCGGCACUGGGAAGUGGUCACCCACGAGAUGCGCAGCAUGCUGGGCCACCGGCCAGGGGCCUCGGGGAAGGACUCCACACUAGUGUGAACCCAAGGAUCAGAGAUAGUGACCUGGUGUCAGGCCUGCUGCCUGACAGAGAGGUCCAGACUCAACCACAGUAAUAUGACUUGAUUUCUCAGUUCACAGCAUCCCUGGCUUGUGUCCUCAAGGCUGCUUCAUGGCACAAAGCGGCUGCCAGUGCUCUAGCCUUCACCUCCUCCCUCAGAGGGAAAGGCAGAGGCCAAGGGGUGGGGGGCUCAGCAUCUUCUAGAAAUCUUUCUAGGAGGCCUUGGGACCCUCCUGCUUAUAUCUCACUGGCAAAAACAGAGUCACAUGGCCACAUCUCCAGGCAGGAAAGGCUGGGAAAUGUAGCUGUCAGAUGUUAGAGGCAGGAGGGGAGGGUUGGGUUUAAACAGUGAUUCUCUAAAUGUCUCCAUCCGUUUUACAGAUGAGGAAACCGAGGUCCAGAGAGGGGCAGUGACUCACCAGGAGUCCCAUGGCCAGUACUGAGCGUCAGAGUCAGGAUUCGAACCCGGGUUCUCUAACCCCCAUGCUGCUGACAGUGCAAGUCUCAGACUCUGCGACUUCUUCCGGGCUGUGAGCAUUUGAAAUCUGUGUGUGCUGAGCUCAGAGCAGCCCAGGGCCACAGGGGCCCCUGGAGGGCUGGACCCCCUUCUGGCUGUGGGCCCCUGGCCGAGGGCUUUGCUGCGCUGUGUCUCAGUUUCCUUGUCUAUAAAAUGGGGACAGAAGCAGUUCCUCCACCUAGGGCUCCUGUGAGACUCAAUGUAAACCAUUCCAGGUGCCUGUGCACAGUAGGUCCUCAAUACAUGCCAACCUCUGCUGUCAUCAUUCAGGGCCCCUGGUGGCAGGAAAAGGGGGGUUGAUGGCCACUUUCUGGGGCUCAUGAAACUGGCAAGGCUUAGACUGGAUAACUCAGAGCCCCAGAGGGGACGCCUGGGUGGCUCAGAGGUUGAGCAUCUGUCUUCAGCUCAGGGCAUGAUCCCAGGGCCCGGGAUCGAGUCCCACAUCAGGCUCCCUGCAGGGAGCCCGCUUCUCCCUCUGCCUAUGUCUCUGCCUCUCUCUCUGUGUCUCUCAUGAAUAAACAAAUAAAAUCUUAAAAAAACACACAAACAAACUUGGAGCCCUAGGGAUCUCCAGAGGCCCUGGUCCCACUCCCAUCCCACAUGACCUUCACGACCCUCAAAUAAACUCCAACCUUCACUAUCACCUUUGUCACUUGAGCCACAUCCAAACAUGCUGUGUGGUCAAGCCCAGGCCCAGCAUGAUGGGUGGAGUCACAGGAGUGGGAUGUGGAGGCUGAAGUGGGGUACAAGGGUGUACUCUUUAUAGACCCCAGUCGGGGCCCAUGUCCUACAAAUCUCCAUGCAUAUAAAUUUCACUAGGGGUGGGAAUGCCUGGCCUCCACCCUCACCCCAAAUGGACAGAUGUCCCCAGAAUUCUCCCAGUGGGUCCCUUCCUGGGCCAUACAGGCACUCUGAGGCCCAGGGAGAGGAGCAGCUCAGCCACAAAGUGGCUUAAAACCCCCCUGGGGCCUUUUCUAAUGGAGAGAGAGGUAACAGUGCCCAGUGGGGAGGGGGGGCUCCUCUCCUAAAUCUGACCCUGGCAGGGACCCUGCUGAUCCAAUACACCCAGACCCUAGUGGCCCACUGACCCCAAUUCCAGCUGCCUCCUCCCAGAGCCACUGGGAAGCUGCAGAGACCUCUUUGCUGGUGGAAUGAAGUGGAGAGAUAAUACACAUGAACAUCCCAUGUGGCGCCUGACAUGUGGGGCACCCAAUAAGCAUGGGUUCUCGGGGAGCAUAAUAAAUAUCAAUGAAAAAGAUAAAAUAAGAAUAAAUUUUGGGGCAGCCCUUGUGGUCCAGCAGUUUAGUGACCGCCUUUGGCCCAGGGCAUGAUCCUGGAGACCCAGGAUCGAGUCCCGCAUCAGGCUCCCUGCAUGGAGCCUGCUUCUCCCUCUGCCUGUGUCUCUGCCUUCCUCUCUCUCUG